UUAUGGUUUACUGCUAACCUGGAAGGCAAGCUCCUGAACGUACUGAUAAUUAUUUGGAUCGUUCUUAUAUUACUAGGCACAUUCGUUCGCCUUCACUUGAGCUACCCCCGCCAUAAUUGAUCUUCCUUUCCCACAAACAUAUACAUAACUUAAGUUUCACGUACGAACAUCAGCCCUGCCUAUCCAGUUUCGUCGCAAAAGCAGCGUGCGUGUCGCGUGUCCUCCAACCUCAUUAAUUCAUAUCACCUUCUAUCAGCACGUUUCUAUCAUGUCUACCGUCACGGUGACAGCGCUUCAGAGCGCCUCCCCUCCGAUUAUCCCGCUCUCUUUCAACUCGAAUCAGCCUACCACGAUACGAUUAUAUCCUCUCUCAAACUACACAUUCGGUGUAAAGGAGACGCAGCCGGAGGAGGACCCGUCAGUAAUUGCUCGCUUGAAGCGACUAGAGGAGCAUUACAACGCUCACGGUAUGCGCCGAACCUGCGAAGGCAUCCUCGUUUGCCACGAGCACAACCACCCGCACAUCCUUAUGCUGCAGAUAGCAAACGCAUUUUUUAAGCUGCCCGGCGACUACCUGCGACCAGAGGAUGACGAGAUCGAUGGAUUCAAGGCGCGUCUGGAUGAGCGCCUGGCGCCAGUAGGAAAGCUGGGCGAGGGCGAGGAACCGGGGAAUUGGCAAGUCGGGGAUUGCGUUGCGCAGUGGUGGCGCCCCAACUUCGAGACGUUCAUGUACCCGUUCAUCCCAGCCCACGUAACGCGACCAAAGGAAUGCAAAAAGCUCUACUUCAUCCAGCUACCCGAGAGCAAGGUGCUUAGUGUACCUAAGAACAUGAAGCUACUCGCAGUCCCCCUAUUCGAACUGUACGAUAACACUGCACGAUAUGGCCCCCAACUCUCCGCCAUCCCGCACCUCCUAAGCCGGUACAACUUUGAAUUCGUCAAUGAGAACGGUGAAGUCGUUGCUGCGACCCCUGGAUCUGGCCCCGAGGGUUUCAACUUGAAGACUAGGGUCCUUGCAGGAGGUGACGAGAUCAUGAACGACGUCAAAGAGGGGAAUGGCACGUCAUAGGCUCCAGUAAUAGACCACCUGGGCGAAGUCCUUCUAUCUGCUUAAUAGGACGGGAAUAGUCGGGUUUUUGGGAAUGCGUCAUGCUUCAGGAAGGUCUUCACAAAAUGACCAGAUGGCUAGGCGACAAAGUUACGGCUAGAAUUAAGAAGAUCACUUCUGAUGCAAUUUCAAGCUCGAAUAUCCAUGAUCACGGAACGGCGCUUGGCGUACUAGGCAGAUCAUGCUUGUAUUAGAUAAAAUGGAAUGAGAAUCGCAU